AAUCCAAUUGGAGAAGCGUUGGGACGUAUGCGUUGGUCCGUCGUGCUCCUCGUAUGCCAGUAGCGCUGUUUUUCCAAAUAGUCGGAGGCUUAAUAUUACUUCUUUUUUUAUUACAUUACAUAUAUUACAUAGUUAGUUCGAUCGCCGGUGAUUUGCAUUUACAACAAUUAGAAAGUGAAUUAACAGUAUUAAGACAACAACUGCAACAACAAAUCGCUACACAAGACUUAAGAAAAUUAUCUGCAACAAAUAUGCAAAGCACAGACGAUGCAAAAUUUAUAAAAAAACGUUGGAAAGGCGGUACGAUUGAACCACAUCCAACGGAAAAAGCUUUGAUAGUGAAUUAUCAAUUGGAAGCGACAGUUUUCGGCGAUCCAAAUAAAAAUCCAAUGAUAGAGGAAAAGAAGAAUUGUCAGAAAAUAAUACGCUUACGUUCGCUGAAUGCUAAGACAGAUCCAGCUUCCUUAGCUCGAGAAGUUGUGGACAAAUGUGAUCUCAUACAUAAGUCACAGCUAGCCGAUGUAGAACAAAUAAUAUUUUAUUUAAAAAAUCGCAAGGAUAAUGCAGGAAGUGACAUAGCCGAUAACAAUAGCCAUCAUCGUUCCGCAUCUCUACAUCGUACAUCGGCUAGAACAAUGCAUACAUCAACAACAACCACAACCUCCACACCGACUGCAUCUGAGGUUUCUAUCAAUAACAUUGAUGAAUAUGUGGAACUAUUGUAUGAGGAUUUGAGCGAUCGAAUACGUGGCUCAGCCAUGAUACUGCAAGUAGCAAGAAAUCCAGAUAAUUUAGAAGAACUGGAGAAAAAUGAGGCUUGUCUAAGCGCAUUAUCACGUGUGCUACGUGAGGACUGGCGCAAGAGUUUGGACCUGUCCACAAAUAUAAUAUAUAUAUUUUUUUGCUUUUCGACUUAUACAAAAUUUCAUCCUGUCAUUGUACAAUACAAGAUUGGCUCACUUUGUAUGGAUGUAGUCGAUUAUGAAUUGCGACGUUAUGAAAGCAUGCGUCACGAAUUGGAUGUUAGAAGAAAUCCUGGUAGUUCCACUCCUAUGUCAGCUAAGCAAAGCAAAGAAAAAUUAAAUCGCAGCUCUGAUGACUUUCUAGACAUAAUGAAUGAAGAAAAACCCAAAGAAAUGGAACCACCGCGCCGUCGCAUACCUGAACUAAAACAACGUCCAAAAUCUGGAAAUUGGUCAAGUUUUCAUGGUUCCAUGUCCUCCUCACUAAUUAAGAGUCAAGUACUCAAUACUAGCUAUCAUGAAGCACUUUCCGCUGGUGGCACCACACCAGACUCUGGCAUUUCCACAAAUGGUGAUAUGAAGGCUACAAGUAAUGAGGCUUUAGAUCGUAAUGAUCCUAAAGUGAAAAAAGAAGAAAUGGAUCGUCUUAACAAACAACUUAAAGUUUUUGCUAAAAAGCAAGAGCAAUUAUUGCGAGUAGCAUUUUAUUUGCUACUCAACAUGGCGGAGAAUGUAAAGCUAGAAGAGAAGAUGAGACGUAAGAAUAUUGUUAAGAUGCUCGUUAAAGCUUUAGAUCGACAGAACAUAGAUUUGCUUAUGCUAGUCACAACAUUUCUAAAAAAACUUUCCAUUGUUGGCGACAAUAAAGACGAUAUGAGUGAAUUGAAUAUAAUUUCUAAAUUGCCACGCCUAUUUCAGUCUGGACACACAGAUCUCGUACAAGUAACACUUAAGUUAGUCUUUAAUUUAUCCUUUGAUGGAACUGUGCGUAGGAAAAUGAUUGCUGCAGGUUACUUGCCAAUCUUAGUAAUGUUCGUUAAUGAUGAGAAGCAUCACGGAAUUGCUGUUAAAAUACUCUAUCACAUGAGUUUGGACGAUAAGGUCAAAGGUAUGUUUACACAUACUGAGUGCGUGCAGUUGGCCACAGAUGCGAUCAUACUCAAUCUCAAUGUAAAAGUAGAUCUCGAUUUGAUUGCGCUUUGCAUUAAUUUAUCGCUAAACAAACGGAAUGCACAAAUUAUGGUAGAUGGAAAUCGACUACAUAGUCUGAUGGAUCGUGCUUUUAAAUAUCAGGAUUCGUUAUUGAUGAAAUUGUUACGAAAUUUAUCACAACAUGAAACACUUCAACCAUUGUUCAUUGAUUAUGUUGGAGACUUAGCACGCAUAUUGACGAUUUGCGACGAAGAGGCUUUUAUUGUGGAAUGCUUGGGCAUUUUGGGCAAUCUUUCAUUAGCCGAUCUUGAUUACUCACAAAUUUUACAAAACUUUGAGCUUAUACCAUGGAUACGUAGCGCUUUAGCACCAGGUGCUAAAUUGGAUGAUCUUGUCCUCGACACAAUUGUUUACUUGGGCACAUGUGCCAAUGAUGAACUCUGUGCACUUCUGUUUUGUCGUGCUAAAGUGGUGCUUUCACUGAUUGAAUUAUUGAAGGCGAAACAAGAAGACGAUGAAAUUGUUUUACAGAUUAUUUAUGUAUUCCAACAAAUAUUACGUCAUGAGAGCACACGUGAAUACAUGAUUAAGGAGACUGAGUCACCAGCUUAUCUUAUUGAUUUGAUGCAUGAUAAGAAUGCGGAAAUACGUAAAGUUUGUGACUAUUGUUUAGAUAUUAUUGCUGUGAGUGAUAGCGAAUGGGCGAAAAGGAUUAAGCUUGAAAAAUUCCGUAACCACAAUUCACAAUGGUUGUGUAUGGUGGAAUCACUGCAGGAUCAUGACAAUGAACAAGAUUAUGCUGACAAUGAAGAAGACGAAAACGAAUUAAAUACCUAUUUGCAUUCCGAAUACUUAGACAACUGCGAUUUAUACAAUAGCACAAAUACAAAUAAGGAGAGUGAAGACAAUGACAGUAGUAUUAAUCCCGCAAGUCCAGCCAUGUCCACAUAUAGUCGUCCAGUAAGCAGCUAUAGGCGCAGUCAAGAUCUUGACGAUCUGUAUAAUAUGACAUCUAGCUCCAAGUCUCAGGCGUCCAGUCAAGGUGACAAUAAUUACAUGUUUAAAUCGAAUAAAUCACUCGAUGUCGAAGGACUACACGAAGGACUACACGAAGAGCUCUUAGUAGCUUAAUUACAUUAAAAUUAAUCGCUUAUGCGCUUAGUUCAAUUAACAGAAAAACGCUAUCAAAGAUAUAUACUAUAAGCUUUGAGUAAUUUUGUUGCCGCUUAAAGCUUUCAUGAGCAUUUUGUUUUGUAUUCUAAAAGGUUUUUUUUUUA